UGAUAACACAGUAGACAUUAGUCAUAAUCUGAUUCUCGAAGUUGGGGAUUGUCAGAAUCAUGGCGGAAGAGGGAACCGGUGGAAAGUCUGAUGAAACUAACCCAUCUGAAAGCCAAACCGAACAGAAAAAUGAAGAAAACCAAACUACAGCACCAAAAGACAUGAAAGCUGUUGUACUUACUGGGUUUGGUGGUUUAAAAUCUGUAAAGAUUGUUAAGAAACCACAACCAUCUGUUGGAGAAGGUGAAGUCUUGAUACGUGUUAAAGCAUGUGGACUGAACUUCUUGGAUGUCAUGGUUCGACAAGGUGUGAUUGACAGCCCUCCAAAAACUCCAUUUAUUUUAGGAUUUGAAUGUGCUGGAGAGGUAGAAGGUGUUGGAGAAGGAGUUUCAGAUUUCAAGGUAGGAGACAGAGUAGCUGCUUUGACUGAAUACAAGGCAUGGGCAGAAUUGACAUCUGUUCCUGCAAAAUACGUGUAUCCACUGCCCCCAGGGAUGGAAUUUCAAGAUGCUGCUGCGAUGUUGAUGAACUAUGUAGUUGCUUAUAUAAUCCUGUUUGAUGUUGGUAACCUACGAAGUGGUCAAAGUGUUCUUGUUCAUUCAGCAGGUGGUGGUGUGGGCCAUGCUGUCUCCCAACUUUGCAAAACUGUGCCUGAAGUCACUCUUAUUGGAACAGCUUCAAAGCAUAAACAUGACUCAAUCAAAGAAUCAUUUACUCAUCUGUUGGACCAUAGUGUGGACUAUGUGCAUGAAAUUAAAAAAAUAUCUUCUGAGGGUGUAGAUAUUGUAUUGGACUGUUUGUAUGGAGAUGAUGCUAAUAAAGGCUACAGCCUUAUAAAACCUCUUGGACACUACAUUUUAUACGGAUCAGCAAAUAUUGUUACUGGAGAAACCAAAAGUUUCUUUAGUGUAGCAAAAUCUUGGUGGCAAGUGGAUAAGGUCAACCCAAUGAAGCUCUUUGAUGAGAACCGCUCCAUGUCAGGAUUCCAGCUGCGUCAUCUCCUAUAUCAGCAAGGUGCUCAUGAAUAUGUCCGUGGAGUUGUCAACAAGGUCUUCAAGAUGUGGGAGGAUGGACAAAUAAAGCCAGUUGUGGAUUCCACAUGGGCAUUUGAAGAUGUCCCAGAGGCAAUGCAAAAACUGCAUGAUCGUAAAAAUGUGGGUAAAAUUACUUUAGACCCAAGUAAGGAACCCAAACCUAAACCCAAGUUACAGACCAAAGGUAGUAAGGAAAAGGAUAAAGAAAAAGAAAAAGAUGGCAAGGCUGCAGGAGAAACAUCUGUUGGAGAAAAUACAAAUGCUGAAAAAGAAAACAAGCAAGGUGAUUCCUCUGCUCCUGCUUCUGCUGAAUAAAGCUUGAAAUGCUGAAAAUUAAAGUAAAAACAUCAGCUUCAGGCUGUCGUCCUCAUUCCCAAAGAAGCUUCACCUGGUCACAUCUACGUUAUGAUCCACAUGGAUGCUUUUGUAUCACUUUGUAUUGUGCUGGGUUUGUUCUGCUUUACCUUGUAUUGGUGUUUACUUACAUGCUGAAUCUCUAACUUUAUUGACAUGUUAAAGUUUGUCUGGGUAUUUCAAAGAAAUUAGCAUUUGGAGAAUUCUGGAAAAAUUAUUAUUCUGUGUGGAUAUUGUUUUAGAUUAAUGGUCAGGUAACAAAUCGUGUAUAUUUAAAUAUUGCUGUGGUUCUGAACUGAAUCUUACUAUUGGUCAUGAUAAAGAUUUUCUUCUGUGCUUAAAUUUAAUGAUUAGGAAACUGCAUUUUUUUUUCUCUCAAAGUGAAUUAAUAUUUUUUCUGAUUUGUUAUGAUUUCUUAUAUAAGAUAUUGUUUUCUAAGGGCUUUUUAUAACCUGUGAUUUAUCCAAUAAAUAUCACAAAAGUGGAAGUCAUUUUGUAAUAACUUUUUUCAUUUAGGCCUAGUCAAUAUAACUUCAAAGAAAUGAGCAAAUUAAUUCCAUUUUUAUAAUCAAGUAAAUACAGUUUUGAUGAUUAAUCUUUAUUCUUUUGACAUUAAAUUUUUAAACAAUAAUAUAUGGAUUCCUUUGUUUAAUUUCUUUUGGAGGGAUCACAAAAUAUAUCCUAUUUUUUACUUUUUGUUUUGUUUUGUUCUUUGUUAUCUCAAGUCAUUGCUAAUCUAAGUUUGAGGUGUUUAAAGUAAGUGGUUUGUAUAUAAGCAUAAAUACAUCCAAAUGUUAGGUGCAUAAUAUUUUGAGAAUCAUGACACCUCAGAGAUGGCUUAGGUCACAAUUAAUUUUUGCAUUUACCAGCUUAUUGCUCAAUUUAUUUUUUAUACAUUUCGUAAUUGUUUAAACUUGCAGGAUUAGAUAUACAUUUAAAGACUUUUGAAUGGAGUUUCAACUUUAAAGCUGUGAGAUGAUUUUGUGAAGAUUGAUACUCAGUCUUUUAAUUCAGUCAUGAACCAACAUAUUUUUCUGCUUUUAAAUGUUUUCAGAUAAAAUGUGAAGUGAUUUGCUAUGUGAAUGUUAUUGCCACUGUUAUUGUGGUGUAUAUUUUGAUGUUAUUUUUCUGUUUUUGAACUUUGAUGUAAAAAAAAAUAAAUAAAAUUGAUAUGGUU